ACCUGGACUACCAUCAUCACUCCUCGUCCCCUCUUACAUUUCAUUAUACUCUCUCUCUAGUUCCUCAAAAUGGGCCGUGUACUACUCAAGGUUCUUUCUUCACACUUAAUCUACAUUAUUACCUCUAAGUGCUGACGUAUAUGACCCAGGUUAUCAUCCUGGGUGACAGCGGGUCUGUAGCCGUUUCAGGUCUCUGCCUAGUCGAAUCUGCUUAGUUGUUGAUAUAUUUUUUGCGGUUGUUAGUGUUGGGAAAACCUCUUUGAUGAACCAGUACGUCAACAAGCGGUUUAGCAACCAGUACAAAGCCACUAUUGGCGCCGACUUUUUGACGAAGGAAGUGAUGGUGGAUGACCGACUUGUUACUAUGCAGCUUUGGGACACCGCGGGCCAGGAACGCUUCCAAUCUCUGGGUGUCGCGUUCUACCGAGGAGCGGACUGCUGCGUACUGGUAUACGACGUGAACAGUGCAAAGUCUUUCGAAACCCUCGACAGCUGGCGUGACGAAUUUCUCAUUCAAGCAAGCCCCCAUGAUCCGGAGAACUUCCCUUUCGUUGUUUUGGGAAAUAAGAUAGAUGUAGAGGAGAACAAGAGGCAGGUGACGCAAAAGCGAGCCAUGACCUGGUGCCAAUCGAAAGGCAAUAUUCCGUAUUUCGAAACCUCAGCGAAAGAAGCUAUCAAUGUUGAGCAAGCCUUCCAAACAGUUGCGAAGAACGCGUUGACACAGGAACAAGAAGAACAGCUAUAUGUCGACUAUCCCGACCCUAUCCAACUCGACUCCGAGAGCUCGCAGAAUUAUGGUUGCAACUGUUGAGUUUUUUUGUGCGAAUUGCGACGUACUCUAUAGGUUAUCUCAUUUUCCCGGACAUCCUCACUCCCUUCCUUAUCUUUCUACACAUAUAAUUCGGUGUCAAUACUUCUAUAAUCUACUUACUUGACACACAUCUUGUACUUCUCCGAGUCCUCAUUCAUGAACAAGAUUCUUGUUAUAUGUA